AUCAGUCAUUUCUUAAUGCAAGACAUCGCCUUCCUGUCUGGGGGCCGGGGAAAGGACAAUGCCUGGCUUAUUACAUUUCCAGAAAACUGUAACUUCAGAUGUAUACCAGAAGAAGUAAUAGCAAAAGUGCUUACUUAUCUGACAUCUAUUGUAAGGCAAAAUGAAUCUGACUCCCAGUUUACCCUUAUUCUGGAUCGAAGAUUGGAUACGUGGUCAUCUCUCAAAAUCUCUCUUCAGAAAAUCUCAGCUUCUUUCCCUGGGAACUUGCACUUGAUUUUGGUUUUACGGCCUACCAGUUUUCUUCAACGAACUUUCACAGAUAUUGGAUUUCGAUUUAGUCAGGAGGAUUUCAUGCUCAAGUUACCUGUUGUUAUGCUGAGCUCAGUUAGUGAUUUGCUGACAUACAUUGAUGACAAGCAGUUAACCCCUGAGUUAGGCGGCACCUUGCAGUACUGCCACAGUGAAUGGAUCAUCUUCAGAAAUGCUAUAGAAAAUUUUGCCCUCACAGUAAAAGAAAUGGCUCAGAUGUUACAGUCCUUUGGAACAGAACUGGCUGAAACAGAACUCCCAGAAGAUAUUCCUGCAAUUGAAGAAAUUCUGGCACUUCGUGCCAAAAGGUAUCAACUACUGAAGAAUGACAUUACCAAUGUGACCAAAGAAGGAAAACUUCUCCUGACAAACCUGAAAGUGCCUGAUGCUGAGGAAGAGGUCAGUUCAAGCCUUGAACGUCAUCAGCAUAUAAACGGUGACUGGCAAACCAUUAACAAAUUGCUAGCUCAAGUCCAUGAUAUGGAAACAGCUUUUGAUGGAUUUUGGGAAAAACACCAAUUAAAAAUGGAGCAAUAUCUGCAACUGUGGAAGUUUGAGCAAGAUUUUCAAGAGCUUGUGACUGAAGUUGAAAUUCUGUUAAAUCAACAAGCAGAGCUGGGUGAUGUAACAGGGAAUAUAGCUCAAGUAAAGCAAAAAAUUAAACAACUGGAAGGCUUAGAUGAAAAUUCUCAGGAUCUAUUAGCGAAAGCCCAUUUUCUGAUCUUACAUGGACACAGACUUGCAGCAAAUCACCAUUAUGCACUGGAUUUAAUCUGCCAGAGGUGCAAUGAACUACGUUACCUCUCUGAUAUUUUGACUAGUGAGAUCAAAUCAAAACAGAUACAGCUGAGCAGGACCUUCAAGAUGCAUAAACUACUACAACAGGCUCGCCAGUGCUGUGAUGAAGGGGAAUGCCUUCUAGCCAAUCAAGAGGUAGACAAGUUUCAGUCUAAAGAAGAUGCUAAAAAAGCUAUUCAGGACGUUGAAAAUUUUCUUACAAUGGCUCUGCCAUUUAUAAAUUAUGACCUGGAAUCACUGCAGUAUGAAUUUGAUGUGAUUUUAUCUCCCGAACUCAAGGUUCAAAUGCAGACUGUACAACUCAAACUUGAAAAUAUUAGAAGCAUAUUUGAGAACCAGCAGGCUGGUUUCAAAAACCCGAUAGAGAAGCAUGUGAGACCAGUCCAGUUUGUGGUACCUGCACCUGAAAAUGUGAUCUCGUCCAGAGUACCAUUUUUCUCACCUAAACCUGGGAAGAAGACUUGGAGACAAAAUCAGAGCAAUGUAAAGAACGAGCUUCCUUCCAUGAAUGAAUCCGGUCCUGGAGAAGUGGUACACGAUUGUCUGGAGAAGAAGAGUCCUAGCCAAUCUGCCAGUUUGGACAAUGACAAUGGCUUGGAUGUUAUAAAGAAGCAUGUCCUCAAUGAGUUAAUACAGACUGAAAGAGUGUACGUUCAAGAGCUGUUUACCGUUUUGUUGGGCUAUAGAGCAGAAAUGGAUAAUCCAGCAAUGUUUGAUCUUAUGCCACCUGCCCUAAGAAACAAAAAGGAUGUCCUCUUUGGAAACAUGGCAGAAAUAUAUGAAUUCCAUAACAACAUUUUCAUGAGCAGUCUGGAAAAUUGUUCUAACGCUCUGGAAAGAGUAGGACCUUGUUUCCUGGAAAGGAAAGAUGAUUUUCAGAUCUAUGCAAUAUACUGUCAGAAUAAGCCCAGAUCAGAGUCAGUUUGGAAGAAGUAUUCAGAAUGUGCCUUUUUCAAGGAAUGUCAAAGAAAAUUAAAUCACAGACUUGGUUUGGAUUCUUAUUUGCUCAAGCCAGUGCAACGAAUCACGAAGUACCAGUUACUGUUAAAGGAGCUAUUGAAAUACAGCAGAGAUUCAGAAGGGUCUACUCAGUUGCAGGAGGCGCUUGACACGAUGCUGGAUUUGCUGAAGUCAGUUAACGACUCCAUGCAUCAGAUCGCAAUAAAUGGCUAUAUUGGAAAUUUAAAUGAGCUUGGCAAGAUGGUAAUGCAAGGAGGAUUCAGUGUCUGGCUAGGACACAAGAAAGGUGCCACAAAAAUGAAGGAUUUUGCUAGAUUCAAACCAAUGCAGCGACACAUUUUCCUGUAUGAAAAAGCUGUUGUUUUUUGUAAGAGGCGCACUGAAACUGGAGAAGGCUCUGAUAAAUACCCAUCAUACAGCUAUAAGCACUGUUUGAAAAUGGAUGAAGUUGGAAUCACAGAAUAUGUAAAAGGUGACAACCGCAAGUUUGAAAUCUGGUAUGGUGACAAGGAAGAAGUUUAUAUUAUACAGGCUCCUAACAUAGAUGUGAAGAUUUUAUGGUUAAAAGAACUAAGAAAUAUUUUGUUGAAGCAACAGGAGCUUAUGACAGUUAAAAAACAGGUGCAACGGAAUCGGUCAGCAGAACAGAAUCAACUUUCUCCUCAGCGGAAUGAUGAAAAACAACUGGCAGCUUGUGCAAGUUUUGAAGAAACUGAAUCUGGGCACAUUGGUCCUAUGGUGGAGCGCAGUGCGGCAAUCAUGUCAGUUCAGGCAGAAGCAAAUGCAGUUUGGACUGAGAAGUCACAGUCUACAGAAAAUCCUGAAGAUCCGGAGGAAUGGCCUAACAACUAUUUCUACUCUGCUUAUGAUGGCAAUGAAGAGGGAGACAGGCCCUUACCGAGACCCGUGUCGGAUAUGGCUCUCCUGUAUUGAUGAAGCUACUGAGUCAAAUGGCAAGUAGCUCUUUCCUGCCUG